AUGGCGGUUAUGGCGGUUAUGGCGGUUAUGGCAGAUACAGAGGCAACGGCGGCUUCAGAGGAUAUGGUUAGAACUUCAGAAGCGUCGGUGUUCAACCGGUCCUUGUUAGUUCAACCGGUCUUCGUCAGUUCAACCGGUCUUCGUCAGUUCCGCAGGUUCUUGUCGUUUCCACAAGGACUCAGAAAAUCCCGCCAUCAGAAGGACCUUGACUCCCGCCAUUCCUGCACGCUGGUGAGAACAUACAGGAGGCGCCACCUGUUGUAUAUAAAGUUCUGGACAGCCUCUCUCUACAACACUGUCAACCCGCUCCUCAACCAAACAGAUCCUGCAGCCAUGGGCCUCCUGUCUGUGGUGAUGGUGUUGGUGGCCGUGUCCGGCCUGUGUUAUGGUGGUCAAUACGGAGGAUACGGCGGCUAUGGUGGAUAUGGCGGCUAUGGUGGAUAUGGUGGAUAUGGCGGCUAUGGUGGAUAUGGUGGGGGAUAUGGCGGGUAUGGUGGAGGCGGCUAUGGAGGACACUCCUACGUCAUCACUAGGGGCUAUGGUCACGGUGGACAGGGUGGUCACGGAGUGUUUGGACGACUUGGUGGGUUUGGUAACUACGGCUGGUAGGUGAUCGGAGGUAAGGGCCUUGUUCCACUGUCCUCUCCAACACAGCGCCUUGUUCCACUGUUCUCUCCACUACAGGAAUAAAACAAAUUAAGGUUGUCACUUGUUUCACAACCAGUUUUGUUCACUUGUGACUCCUGACUGUAAAUGAUAAUAAAGUUCACGGGAAUGAAA